CCACAGCGCCCAGCCAUGGCGACCUCCAAAUCCAAGGCCCCGGUAACAACAGAAACCAACCCACGCGGAAUUCCCGUGGCACCCUUCAUCGACAAUGUGAGCGACUAUGUCUCCUCGCGCGAUGAGGUCGAGCCCACCCUCCGCUCCUUCCAGGAGAUGAUUUCCAAGUACCAGUUCAUGGAGGUCAACACCCAGCGGCGCGGGCAGGGACUGCGCGAGAAGAUCCCCGAUAUCAAGAAGACAUUGGAGAUGGUGCGGUUUUUGAAGUUGCGCAAGGAGGCCAACCCAGAUACCGACCUCGAGACCAACUUCGAACUCAACGAUACCCUCUACGCUCGUGCUUCAGUCUCCCCCGCCGAAAUGGAGGAGGUAUACCUCUGGCUCGGCGCGAAUGUCAUGCUCGCCUACCCGCUGAAUGAGGCGGAGAAGAUGCUGUCGGAGAAAUUGACGGCGGCGGAGUCUAGUCUGGCCCACUGCGAGGAGGACCUGGAGUUCUUACGUGAGCAGAUUACGACUUUGGAGGUUGCGACGGCGCGGGUGUAUAACUGGGAUGUGGUGCAACGGCGCAAAGAGAAGGCUGACGGGAAGGGAGAUGACACGAAAUAGAGAAUUGGAGUACUGGGUUGACGGGAUGAAGUGUUGAUUUACUGGAUACCUAAAAUGAUACGACUUUUGAUAUAGUAAUUUAGUACCAGAAGUGUUAGAUCAAAUGGACUUGAAUGAUGUCAAGAC